UUUGAGAGGCCGGCAUAAACAAGCAAAUUAUCGCAAACAAAAUGUCGCAUUUCGUAAAUAUGGAAGUUUUCUCAAACUAUCAAAAAUAUAUAGACAACGAACAGGAGUUGCGCGAGAACAUACGCAUUGUCGUGCGGGAAAUUGAGCAUCUGGCAAAGGAAGCCACAAUACAACUACAAGUCAUACACUGUGAUUUGAGCAAAAUCAACAAUGCCUGCAGCUUGGCACGUAAGCAAAUCGAAGCCUGCGCCGAAAAAUAUCAAAAGCUGUCUGCGUUAGUGCCGACUGGCCAAUAUUAUCGCUAUUCCGAUCAUUGGACGUACAUUACCCAGCGUUUGAUAUUUCUGAUUGCGCUGGUCAUUUAUCUGGAGGCGGGCUUUUUGGUGACGCGCGAAACAGCAGCCGAGCUGCUGGGCUUGAAAACGAAGCAUUCGGAUGGGUUUCAUUUGGAUAUUGAAGACUACCUGCUGGGCAUAUUGCUGCUCGCCUCGGAACUAUCGCGUUUCGCCACAAAUUCCGUCACAAUGGGCGACUACGAGCGCCCCUUGAAUAUCUCCCAUUUCAUUGGUGAUCUGAACACGGGCUUUCGUUUGCUCAAUUUGAAAAACGAUGGCUUGCGCAAACGUUUUGAUGCUCUUAAAUACGAUGUGAAAAAGAUCGAAGAGGUUGUCUAUGACGUCAGCAUACGCGGCCUCUCUAGCUCUGCAGAGAGCAAGGAUGAGCAAAAAGCAGAACCUGUUGAAUAAGUGUUGUAAUAUGUGCAUAGACUAAGUUAAAAUCAAAAAAGACACUUCAAUUGUAAGUAAGAGGCCAACUUUUAUUUAGCUUGUGCUUUUCUUCUGCUUCACAUAAAAUGUAAAUUGAAAUCAAA